ACGCCUUUUCUUCGGUUGUUCCAAUCAAAAUUCUCUAUUAAAAUAUCAAAAAACAUAACAUAGGCAGCCAGUGAGCUAUAAUGAGUUUAAGUCCCAACCGAAAUCAGUACAAUCCACAUGUAGACCACCUCAAUCACACCGUAGACUGCGACCAGUGCCACAAGCUGGCGAACGGCUACGCCAUGAGCGACCCAAGGAGCAGCCGAUGUCACGAUAAGCUCUUCAGCGGUUCUCUCAAUUCACUGGCCAGGCGGGAUUCGGGCGGUAGUGGAAAUGUUGAAAAGGACAAGGCCAGAGGCUCGGGCACAGGACUUGUCGGUCUGCAGAACCUUGCCAACACAUGCUACAUGAACUCGGCUCUGCAGGCUCUAAGCAACCUGCCACCGAUGACGCACUACUUCAUCAACUGCAGUGACUUGGUGGAGUACAUAGCAGAGCAGAGUGCCCGCCGCUGCAAGCCCGGCGGUCUGGCCAAGAGCUACCGUCGUCUGAUGCAGGACAUCUGGCAGGAGGUCGACGAUCCCAAAGAGAAUAUUGCUCCGCGUGGAAUUCUGUACGGUAUUCGUACGGUGCACCCAAUGUUCCGCGGCUAUCAGCAACACGACACUCAGGAGUUCCUGCGCUGUUUCAUGGAUCAACUACAUGAGGAGUUGACAGAACAGGUCUCCUUCCUGCCACAGACGCUGAACCAGGCUCAGUCCCAGUCGCAGUUAAAUCAACAGCAACAGGCCAACGAAACAGACGACGACAACGAGGAUGAGACGGCCCCGACAUCUAUGACUCCUGCGGCUUCCGAGAGCGAGUACGAUACCUGUGAAAGCAGCAUGUCCGAGCGGUCUGCUGAAGUGUUGCUGAAGACCGAAUAUUUCGUGACACCUUGCCGAACAAACAGUUCUAACAACGCCCUGCCGGAAGGUCAUACAGGGCACUUGCAGCAAUCACAGUUACAGCACCAGCAAAAAAGUGCAUCGUCUAACGAAGCCCAGAAGCCGGUAGAGGCGUCUCGAUCAAUUAUCAGUGACGUAUUCGACGGCAAGCUCCUGUCCUCCGUGCAGUGCUUGACCUGUGAUCGCGUAUCUACGCGCGAGGAAACAUUCCAGGACCUUUCGCUGCCUAUUCCUAAUCGCGAUUUCCUUACCGUUCUCCACCAGGCGCACAGCUUGAGUGUGCAGAGCCUUAAUGCCGCCGAAACAUCCGCUAGGACCAACGAGGGCUGGCUGGCUUGGAUGUGGAACAUGCUCCGCUCAUGGAUCUACGGACCCUCUGUAACGCUCUAUGACUGCAUGGCAAGUUUCUUUAGUGCAGACGAGUUGAAAGGAGAUAACAUGUACAGCUGCGAGCGCUGUAAUAAACUCCGAACGGGUAUAAAGUACUCCCGUGUCCUCACUUUGCCCGAGGUUCUGUGCAUCCAUCUGAAGCGCUUUCGGCACGAUCUGUCUUACAGCUCAAAGAUCUCCUCGGACGUUUACUUUCCGCUGGAGGGUUUCGACAUGCGGCCAUACAUCCACAAAGACUGCAAGAGCGAGGUGCCUAUUUACAACCUGUCGUCCGUGAUUUGUCACCAUGGAACGGUGGGUGGUGGCCAUUAUACAUGCUAUGCACGUAAUGCGAUCAACGGAAAAUGGUACGAGUUCGAUGAUCAAUUUGUGUCAGAGGUUUCUCCGGAACUGGUUCAGAGCUGCCAAGCGUAUGUUCUGUUUUACCAGAAGCAUAACCCCCAAAUGAAGAUAGUAAGGGAUCAGGCAAUGACUUUGUCUACUACACAUCCCCUAUGUGACUCGGAUAUUCAAUUUUAUAUAACGCGAGAAUGGCUCUCAAGGCUUGCCACCUUCUCGGAACCUGGACCGAUAAAUAACCAGGAUAUGCUCUGCCCCCACGGUGGUAUUCUACAUUCCAAGGCGGACAUAAUCAGUCAGAUUGCAGUGCCUAUCUCGCAGCCGCUGUGGGACUAUCUCUAUCAGACUUUUGGCGGCGGACCAGCGGUGAACAUAAUCUUUGAGUGCGAGAUCUGUAAGCGGGCGGCAGAAACGUUAUCCCGUCGUCAAUAUUACGAGCUUAUGGAGUUUACCAAGUACAAUGGCCUACAGAGCGAGUUCGACUCGACAGCCAUUUAUGCGAUCGCAAUGCCCUGGUUGCGAUCUUGGCAGCAGUUUUCGCGCGGGAAAACUCACAAAGACCCAGGACCGAUUGCCAACGAAGGCAUCUCUGCUUCCACUGAAAAUGGUUCGCUUAAUGGAACUGCCACUGUAAGCUGUGUGAGAUUGGGCUCUGAUUACGCCCAAUUAAAUGCCCGCCUUUGGCGAUUCCUGCAUAACAUCUACGGUGGUGGUCCAGAAAUUAUGCUGCGGCAGGCUCUUUCCGAUGACGAUGAAGCCGAGGAAAUUGAAAUCAUCGAUCAGGACGAUGAGUGCGACGAUGAUGAGGAUCAGGAGGAAGACGAAGAUGAGGUGAUUGCGACAGCCAACUAUCAGCACAAUCAUUCCGACACCGAAAGCAAUUUGGGCCGCCGUACAACUCCGAGCCCAAGUCUCAGUCCCAGUCCAAGCCUAACGGCCAAGCGUCAACCGAUGGAGGCGGAGUCGGAUCUACGGCCAAAUAGUCCAAAGUCCAAGCGCAGCAGGUCCAAAUUGAAGGUGUCCGCUCUGCGUUUAAAUAUGCGGAAGAGAGGCAAACGAAACCGCAGUGCAUUUAAACAGCAUGCCGAGAUGUUUGGAGCCAAAGGAAACUACAAUGCCCACACCAAUGUCGAUCCACUAGUUACCGAGCAGCGGGAUAAAGAAAAGGACCGAACUGAUGCAUUUCCGAGCGAAUAUAGCUUACCGAUUUCUAUACCAUUCCAAAGCGAUAAUUUCCAGGUGAACGGUGUUCACGAAAAGUCGCGUGACAAGAACAAACCGCGUCACAGCUCCAGGACCGGCAGCACCGGUACCACUAAGGGGAACGUCACGCUCCAAAAGUUCGUGACCCUGCGCGAGGCCAAUGGGCCGAGUGACGAGACUGAUAUUUGAUCGACGGCACCAGAGGAGCGAGAAGAAGUAGGAGAUAGUGCCCUUGGCCAGAGACGCCAAACGCCGCUGCCUAAGCGCAGGCCGAAAUCCAAGUUUACGCGUAAGCGAAAGCGUCAGUAAUUUUAUACCUCAGUGUUUUGUUGGGGUGGAGGCUAUAUAAGUUAUGUAAAAACUGUAUUUAUAAAUUAAUCGUAUUACCCGGCGCCUUACCAGUUAUGUUUUACCAGCUCCUGGCCAAGGGUGAUUUUGUAUAUAGUAUGGAGUGCUUUAAUUGGUGUAACAAUAGCAAAUAAAUCGUAGAAAUCUUGGUCAAACUGCGGGUUCUGUGAAUCUAGGCUUUCAGCAUAGCCCAGACAACAAGAAAAUAAAGAAAAUCAA